AUGUUUCGAGCAGAACCACAGCAGAAUUAUCUCUGUACGAGGAAGGUCCGAGAGAGAAAUUAUAAGAAGCAUCGGGAUGCGCUUGCUUCCAUCAAGCCAUCCAUCGAUAAUACACCACCGAAGGACUAUCCACAUUUAAGAACUAAUGCAAAGAAGAAACAAUUGCAAAAAGAAAGAGGCGAUCAGAUCGGAAAGGACAAUCGAAUCCUUGUCGAUAAAAUGACUGAAAUAAUGGGAAAGCACUAUUUAGACAACAAGAAUCAAAAUUACAAGUUUAUUGGAAGUCUAAAUAGCGACCUUAGAAGGAGAGAAGCGAAAAAGAUCACCGAGGAAAAUUCUGCAAUUUUGAAACGAAUCCAGAAUAGACAACCUGUAUAUAAUCAUCUUCAAUGGGAGCAGGAAUGGACAAAGAGCAGAAAAUGGAUGGCUGACAAAACAGGAAAUAUUCAACCAGUCAACCAAGGCGUCUAUGUUCCACUCAACAGAUCUAAGGAUAACAUUAAAGGUGUGGAAGUUGUUGAAGAAAAUGAAGGUUUUAGCGACGAAGAGGAUAAUUCAUUUCAAGAACAGGAAUUCGAAGUGUUACAUGACGAGGACCAAUUUGAAACUAAUGAAGGAGCGGUUGAAACACAGAUCAAACCUAAAGAUGAUCAAGGACACAAUAACCAAGAAUCAGAGUCACAGAAAAAUUUGGAGAAGGAAAAUGGUACCAAUGUUUCUCCAAUACCCGUUCUUAACCAUCAAGAGAAUAACGAAAAAACCACAAAGCAAGAGCCCACCCAACAAUCGAACGGAGAAACUUCUUCACAACCUCAGUCUCAUGAGCCUGCCCUCAAAGAAGAAGAAAUUGACACAAGUUUCAAUGCCUCUUUUAACUAUGAAGAAGAAGAUGCUCACACUGAUAUACCGCAGCGUUCUAGUUAA